AGCCCAGGGCCCUACUCCAGGGAGUCAGCGGGGCUGAAGGGAAUGAAGGAACCAAGAAACCUUUGGCAGUGAAAGGGAUCUGCAAAAGAAAGAGAGUUCCCAUCUGUGCCUGGCAUCCAUUUACAGAACACAUCAGGAGGGGACUUUGGAGUUCCAUUUCUGUGGACUUUCUCAGUAGUCACAGGGAAAAGGUAGACAGGUGUCCUGUAUCUUUAAUAGUUAUAUACAAGAGGGAAUUUUAGCAAAUGUCAGGUUUUUCUCCACCACAUGACUAACUGCCCAAAAUUCCCUUCUACAUCCUUAUUAAAGAUACAGCACUCCUGUCUUUGGCAUUUUGUCACCCUAUUCAUCACUGAAUUCUGCCAGAUUGUUGUAGACUUAUGUUGAAAUUACUGUUCUCGAUUCCUUCCAGAAGAUUUUGUAACCCUGACUCUUGGCCAAGGUUGCCAAAGUCCUUAUAUUCUAAACGAAGGCCGCUCACAAACGUCCACAGAGAGUUUUAUGUAACUCUUUGUAGCUACAUCGUCCCCACCCCAGGCAGAUAUCCCUAAAGCCAGAUCCAGGGGAAAGGGGGAUCUGACUAUCUGUAUGAGAAAGUUAAUUCAGAACCCUCUGCGCCUGUGAGAUAGAGCAACACGUGGGUGAACUCUGCCCGUGUGUUAAAAGUCUCGGGAGCUCGGCUGGAAGUGUUAAUUUCCCUUCAGACACUGAAGGGGGCAUUUGCUUAAACCCAGACGAUAGAGGAAGCCAGACAGUAAUUUCAUCUCCGUGACUGGUAUAGCACAGUGGGGAGGAGAGCCUGGCUGGGAGUCCAGUGUCUGUGAGUUCAAAUCCCUGCUCGCGUCUCCUGGGUGUCAAGGGCCAGCUAAAGAUCACCCCCACAGUGAGUGGCUCAGGGGUUACGUGCCCUGCCACGUGUGCAGCCGUGGGGGAUCAUGGCAAAGAGAGUUGCAGUUAUCGGUGCUGGGGUGAGCGGGCUGACAUCCAUCAAAGGCUGCCUGGAUGAAGGCUUGGAGCCCAUUUGUUUUGAGCAAAGCAGUGACAUCGGGGGACUUUGGAGAAUCACAGAAAAGGUAGAGGAAAGCAGGGCAAGCAUCUACAAUUCAGUCGUUACCAAUUCCUCGAAAGAGAUGUCCUGCUUCAGCGACUUUCCAAUGCCUGACCGCUUUCCAAACUUCCUGCACAACACCAAGUUCCUGGAAUAUUUGCGACUGUAUGCGAAGCACUUUGAUCUGCUCAGGUAUAUCAGAUUCAAGACCAUAGUAAUCAGAUUAGAAAAAAGACAAGAUUACUCUGCCACUGGCCAAUGGACUGUGGUCACAGAGACAGAUGGGAAGCAAGAGUCAUUCAUCUUUGAUACUGUCAUGAUCUGCACAGGCCACCAGAUUGAACCAUAUACCCCACUGGACUCUUUUCCUGGUUUUGAACAGUUCAAGGGAAGCUAUCUCCAUAGCCGAAAUUACAAAAGCCCUGAAGGGUUUGAAGGGAAGAGUGUUGUGAUAAUUGGAAUGGGGAAUUCAGCUGCUGACAUUGCUGUGGAGAUUUGUCGGAAAGCAAAAAAGGUGAUCCUCAGCACGAGGGGAGGCACCUGGGUGAUGAGCCGAGUGUAUGACAAUGGCUAUCCUUGGGACACUAUCUUUCAUACUCGCUUCAGCAACCUGAUCCGAAAUUCUGUCCCUUGGUUCCUUUUGCGAUGGAUGACAGAACAGAAAAUGAACCAGUGGUUUAACCAUGAAAACUAUGGCCUGGUGCCUCAAAACAGGUUCCUGAUGAAAGAGCCAGUGUUCAAUGAUGACUUGCCAAGCCGUAUCCUCUGUGGUGCUGUGAUAGUGAAACCACUUGUCAAGGAAUUCACUGAGACCUCUGCCAUUUUUGAAGAUGGGACUGUAGAGGAGAAUGUGGAUAUUGUCAUCUUUGCAACAGGCUACAGUGUUGUGUUCCCCUUUCUGGACCAAUCGGUGAUCAAGGUGGAAGACAAUCGUGUCCCACUGUAUAAACAUGUCUUCCCUCCUCAUCUGGAGAAGCCAACACUGGCUGUUAUUGGCCUCAUCCAGCCCCUUGGGUCAAUCAUGCCCACCUCAGAGCUGCAAGCACGCUGGGCUACCAGAGUCUUUAAGGGGCUGCGUUUGCUGCCUUCAGAGAGCACCAUGGUGGCUGACACCAUCAAGAGGAAUGAGAAGAGGAUCAGAUGGUUUGGCACCAGCCGCAGCCAGUCAAUCCAAACAGAUUUCAUUGACUACCUAGAUGAGCUUGCAGCCGGCAUUGGAGCAAAGCCAGACUUAUUCUCACUGCUGCUGAGGGAUCCCAAGCUGGCCUUGACCAUCUUCUUUGGACCCUGUAGCCCAUUCCAGUUCCGCUUGAUGGGGCCGGGGAAGUGGGCCGGAGCCAGAAAUGCCAUCCUUACCCAGACAGAGAGGAUCAUCAAACCCACAAAAACUCGAGUAGUGGGCAAUUCUUCAAGCAACACCCUGCUCUUCUUGCUUAAAAUCCUCAGUCUCCUUGUUCUCUUGUCUGCAGUUUUCCUUUCUUUUGGACAGUGCUGAUCUCUACCCAAUAAUGCAGUUAUGGUGACUGCCAAGCAAGCUUCUUUAUCGAUGGCUGCUUCCUUGUAUGACGGAGUAUUUACUGCAUCUGUAGGGUUGCUGCUGGUUUAACUGGAGCCAACUUUUCACUGUCAACCCUGUGCCCUUCUUAAGCUCUACUGUUUUCUGCUUGUAUUAGGCAAAUUGUAAGAAACGUGGACCUUGCAAGAAAGCCUGUAGGAACCUAUGAAAUAGAAAGAUGUGUGCAAAGGAGGGGUGGACAGAUGUGUCAAUUUCAUUUUCUCAUUUUUUAAAAUCAAGUUUGCUUUGCCACAUUUCUGCAUCAAUAUGCAACUUUUUUAAAAAAAGGUUUCAUGCAAAUUUGUUAGUUUUUUGUGCACAUUUCUUGUAGCAAGGAUUUUUGCAAGCAAUUUUCACCAAUAUAAUACAUUUUAUGUUAUUGCAUAUUAUAGUAGAGUUGGAAGGAGUCUAUAAGGCCACUGAGUUCAACCCACUAAUCAAUGCAGAAUUCCAGCUUAAAGCAUACCCAUCAGGUGCCUGUCCAGCUGCCUCUUGAAUGCCUCUAGUGUUGGAGAGCCCACCACCUCCCUAUUAUAUUUUCAAAUAUAUUGGUUCCAUAUAUUUUCACAAAUUUCUGCAUUUUUAUGAACACUUUCUCCUAAUAUAUGUACUUUUGUACACAUUUUUUGUUGGAGAACUACAUCAUAAAAUUUGGAGAAGUGUGAAUUUCAAAAGGCAGCCAUGGUUUGGUUCACAUAUUGUUUCAGGAAGUGUAAAUUAGGUAGGUUUGCCUAAAAAUGUGAACCAAACAGAAUUUCUCCCCCAUUCAUAAUGCAAAAUCAGAAAAAACUAUAUAUUGCAGGGAGAGUGGGGAGAAGGUUGGCAAACUGGUAGGAAGGGACAGCAACAAGUUGUAUAGAGGGAAAAGAGUAUAUUCUUGUACCUCUUGGGUAUAACUUGGAAUCAUAGCUUUUAUUUUUAGAAAAUAAUGUUUCUAGUCCUUUGAAGGUAUAUUUGAAAUAUGCAGUCUGUGUAAAGCUUGCGGGUGUCAGAGAGGCCAAGUCUUUUGUUCCUGCAUGCCUGCUUUUCCUUUUGUCAUGACCCCAGCAAUGUUCAUUUACCUUUGCAUCCCAACAGGCCUUCAAUUACCCAUUUUUAACUCUGCCACAAAAACCCUUCAUGCCUCCAAUCUCAAGAGCUAAAAAUAAAUCGGGCACAAA